AUGCGAUGCAACUACGAUGCAGACGAGGCGCUGCAACGGUUACGUUUCCGAACCGUAUCUCCUGGUGAAAUCCCGGGCUACAUGGAGACCUGGUCCGAGGCAGACGCAACAGCGUUCGAGAAGGGCUUCGCCCUGUACAACAAAGAUUUCAAACAGAUUCGAGACACUCGAGUAAGUUAUUUCUUCUCAUCGGUGUCUUCACUAUGCAACCUACAUACUACAUUGAAAAUCGUGGUCCAUUCGGUCGAGAAUAUCUAUCUGUAUGUUAUUAGCAUCAGUACGAAACUCGAGAAAAAGUGGGUCUUGCAUUGUCUAAAUUCGCCUUGUAUUUCACCAACUAGCAAGAAGGGGGGUUUCAUUUCUCUGUCACUCACUGAUGCCAUUCACGAACAGGCCUUGGAAUUGGGACGCUAA